CAGGGGCGGCCGCUGCCGAUCAGCUGUUCGCUGGAUUCUAUAACAACAAAAGGCUCAGCGGCCAGCACAGACGGGCCGAUGCAACAGGGCUUGGGGAGUCCAGAAGCCACAGUGCAGCGGCGCCUGUACCUUUCUGUCUCCCUCCCGCAUCUACCUCAGUAACUGCCGUCCGGGUUCGGUUGUCUAAGGGUUUUGUAGCAACUGUUUACAAAUCAUGACUCCCUGUGUUCUGCGCCUGAGCUGAUAAAGCCUCUUUGCACUUUAAUCUUCUACCUGCAUCCUUGGCUUGAGCCCUGUACCUUAACUCUCUGAUACGAAGGAGUCCUCGCAAGAGUCUUGUUUACUGCCUUACUGAUGUUCCAGAGGCUGAAUAAUAUGUUUGUGGGAGAAAUCAAUAAUUUCCCCAGCCAAGAGCCAGAGUUCAGUGAGAAAGAAGAGGAGGAAUGGAUUCUGGUGGACUUCUUAGACACCUGCACGAACUUCUCUACAGUUGAAGAAGAAGAAAGUGACAUCCCUGAUGCAUCCUCUGUUGACCAUUCUCCCGUCUUCCCUUGCUUACCUACUUCUACUUUGGAGAGUUUGGCUGAUGCUAGUGAGUCGUGUUUUAUCCAGUUUGAUUCGUGUCCCAUGGAAGAGAGCUGGUUUAUCACGCCACCUCCGUGUUUCACUGCUGGUGGCUUGACUGCUAUCAAAGUAGAAACCAGCCCACUGGAGAACCUUCUGAUUGAACAUCCCAGUAUGUCUGUAUAUGCAGUUCAUAAUACCUGCCACAGCCUUAACAAGGCUAGCUGUGGUGAUGAGGAGGAAGAGGAAGAAGAGGAACCUCAUGAUGUAAGCAGUCCUAGGACGGAAGACCCAAGUGAACUGGGCCAGCAUGUUCGUUGCUACAUUGCAGCAUUUUCUACCCACUCAAGCUUUCUGGAACAGACCAAGAGCUUUUGUUCUUCCCAUUGGAUAAAAGAGCACAGUGAACGCCAAUAUCUGAACAGAAACUGCCUCCGUCGCCAAAAUCUUACCAGGGAUUGCUAUUCUCGGCAAAUCAAGAACAAUGGAUUGUUUGUUCACCAGCCUUGCCAGCGCCAGUAUAAUUACUGAGAGCUUUGAGGAUGGUUUUCUCUGUGUGUGUGUGUGUGUGUGUGUCUCUCUCUCUCUUCAAAAACAAUAUUGGUUAAACGUUGCUCUAUUACUAUUUGUAGGUAAUGAAGGCAAGAUCAAUCUUAGACUGAUCAUCAAUUUUUUCUAUACAAACACUAGGUGUUACAUUAGGUUGUAACCCACAUUGAUGUAACGGCGUAUCACAGAAUGCCUUUGAAAUAUUUUAAUUGUGGCUCGGAAGCAUAUCAGUACAAUAGUCUUUGUGUGUUUGGGUUUUUUCCCUCUGUGUGACUUUUUUAGAAUUUUUUUUAUGAUGAUGGAUGGGUUCUUUUUUUAUAUCAAUGUUUUUAGCCAAGAUGGAGCAGGCAGCUUUCAGUUGUAUUCUAGUCCAAAUGCAGUUACAAAAACUUCUCAGGGUCAGCCCUACAUGUGCAGUGACCUGUGUAUACCAUAUAUCCUCAUACACAACUGUUUAAAAUGUGAGGCAUAAGUCAUUGGGCUGUUGAUGUGGAGUCAAUUCUGUGCGUGGGGAGAGAGGGUACUCCCCUCCACCGCACACAGUUGUGUUCCACUUUUUGAUUCAGAGUGGUUUACCACAUAUCAAAGGCGGUACCUCACAACAAUGUGUGAAGUAGCCUUGCAGGUGAGUUAGUGUAGUAUGUUCUCAUUACCAGCUGUGAAGGACAGCAAGAAACUUUCCAUGCUUCCUGAUUUGAAGCAUAGCUCCUAAAAGUGUGCCAUACCAUGCCUUUAAUCACAAGUAGAACCAUCUUAUCUAAACCCACUGGUAAAAAAUUGAAAUGAGCCUUGUUAUGGAAAGGUUGGAGGGAGGCAUGGAUCCUCUCAUCACUACAGUCUACAUAAAAGGCAAGAAGUUAGCCCCCAUGUGGCUUUUUUGGGGGACAGUUAUUUGUUCCACCCUUACAUUUUACCACAUGAUGCUCAAGAUGUUCUGUGCUCUUUUUAGUCCUGGGAGGAGCAUCACAGUACCUUUUUUCUUACUUGAAGAUGCUGUCCUAAAUUAAGCCAAUAUAUAAUUAGGCCUCAAUUCCCUGCAACCAUACACUUUCCGAGACUUUCAUCAUAUCUAUCAAGCCUCAUCCAAUUUCAUUUUCAAAAACCCCUCCCAAUUCUGAAAGUAGAUUCAGAAAGUAAUCCAGUAUUUGGAUGACACACUGCCCCCUUCAUGUUUUUACUUAUAUUAGGCUUGACCUAAACAAUUAGCAUAAUUUAUCAUCUCAGAAGUGUUCCCUAAUCAUCCCUAUUAAUAAAAGCUAUUAUAUUUGAUGUUAAAAGGAACUGAAAUUCACAGCUUCCUUCUCAAAAUGCUUUAUAGAAGGGACUGGUGUUUACCUCAGUAGAGUGUGUUGGUCAGAGAGUAUGCUGAUACUCUAUCUUAUGAACAGGUGGAUUCAGUGACGCAUUAGUGAUAUGCCUGAUGUGUCUCUCCUAUCUUAACCUCACUUCAGAUACUACAGGUGUAACCCAUUUUUUUUACGAGUAUCCAAAUACUUUCUGUUGGGUACUUUUUCAAACGGAGAGUCCAAAGAGAACUUGAAAGCCAUUUAGAAAACUAGGCCUCCCCCCACCCCCUCAUUGUGUGCACAUACAAACUUCCUUUAUUUCUGUAGUUGCCCCAUACAUUUAACAUAGUUUGCAUUUGAGGGGAGAAACACCACAGGACAUAUUUGUAACUCAGGAACCUCGGCAUUUGACUGUGAGCCUAAGCAUUCCUUCAUGGGGGUUAAAUUCCAUCAAAAUCAAGGAGUGACAAGUAGGUAUGCCUGGGUUCAUAGACAUCUUUUCAUAAA